GGUCGACGUUGGAGUGAUAUUUGUCCUCCCGAGUUCCGGCUUGUGACAUUUAUUGACUUGACUCCGAGGAGUUCCUUGUUUCUUUGUUUCAUUCAAGACGUUUGGGACGGUGAGGAAGCCAACAUAGUCAACGGAAUCCUUCCACUCACCACACCUUCAUCUUGUUCGUUCCAGUUGAUGAAGUUCACCGCACCAGAAGCCGACGAGUUGGAUGCUACAGAAAAUUGGGUGAACCGAAUGUACUGCAAAACGACCGGAGCUUGCACGCCGAAAGGUUUCAUGACGUUGGAACCAUGCUAUGCCGAGAGCGGUUACUCCAUUCCGCUCUACUUGUCAUUUCCCUAUUUUAUGGAUGCAGAUACGCGUGUAACCGGAAGAAUAGACGGAGUGCCGAAAGCAGAUAGGAAUAAGCAUAGAAUUUACUUGUUAGCUGAACCGGUGAGUCCUCGGUUGUGUUCAGAAACCCAGAGAUAUGGGAACAUGUCCGGUCCGUACUACUUUCCCCUCGCAUGGGUAGAACUGGAAAUUGUUACACCUCUGGCACCCGUGAAAUUCUUCAAAGAAAAUAUCCUGGACCUUCGUCAUAAAGUCCCCUACCUGAUGUCAAUCUUGGCGGUCGUUUGCGGAAUAAUUUCCCUAAUCCUGAUCAUCACUUUCGCAUUCCGGCUGCGCUUCUAUCGAACACACGGGAGCGUGAAUUUAGCCUUGAAUUUACACGAUGCGAAUGAUUCACCUGACACCGACAAAAAGGAACCGAUCCAUUUUCGAAUCUAUCAUACACUUCCGGAAUCUGAUUCGAGGGAAAUCUUACAGAGUACAAGUGAAUCGGAUCAGCUG